CACAGGUAGACAAAUAUUUGAAAAUUGUGUCAAGUUUAUUACAGGAUUAACAGACAAAAGAUGUGACUUUUGAUGGAAUUUGUUUUGAUAUAUCUUGUCAAUAUUGUGAGAAAGGUUUCAGCAGUUGAAUGUGUAAAGACCACCCACCAUUCACCAGUGAGCCUACUAGAAGAUAGACAAUGUUGCCAGCCUACCAGAAGCUACCGCCGGCAAUAAUUGCCGCACGUGAAGAUGAGGCCCUUACACACGGGCAAGUUAUGUAUGGACUCAUCAAGCCUACCAAGGAUAUGAGUCAGAUUGAGUCCACUGCAGCAAUGGUCAAUGUUAUACCAAAGAAAAGAAUUUAUCGUAUGGAGAACCCAGAGGAAAUUGACCUGUUUAUGACAGAGAUGAUGAAGCGUCCACUCGUACUGCAGCCGUCCGCCUACAUUGGGCGAGGUCUUGCUGUAAUGAGAUGUACCUUAUAUACAAAAGAAGAACGCUGGGUAAUGAUGAUAAACCAAGCUCAUCCAAAGAUUUUCAGCAGAAUUAAGAUGGGUAUUGAAACAGCAAAGGCAAAAAUGGACAGAGGAGAACCAUUCAUUCUUGAGAUAUCUUUCAACGCCUACCUGAAGAGAGUGUAUCUGGACAGACUAACCAAGGCAGUGUUAGACAGCAGGUUUACAUUCAUAGACUUUGAGGAUGCUGAGAUUGUAAUACGUUACCCUGGAGACAGGUUUCAUAGGGGAAUACAAUGGGAAAUACAGUCAAAGAACAAGAUACGUUUUGAGUUUGAAGAUUUACUUCCGAGUGACAUUACAAGACGGACAGUAAUGUCAGCCCAGACGGAGAGGAAUAGUCCAGCAUUACGUGUCAUUAUGCCAGAUGAAUUAAAUAGCCUUUUACCAGGCUGGGAUUUCGAAAAUAUUGACCCUCUUGCUGGGGUAAUGUCCUCUGAUGAAGAAGAAGAGGAGGAGCAUGGGGCUGUAGGCGGAUACGAUCCACCUUCUUAUGAAGAGCAGGCUUUCAUCCCGCCAGCUGCUGAUGGUAAAGUAGUUGGUAGAGCAAGACGGAAGGCAAAUCAGGCUGCCGAGAAGGUUGUAGUUCCGGUUGAGUUACAUGUUCCGGAACGUAAUGGCCCACAGACUUUAUACCCGCCAUCUUCACCAAACAGGGAUAGAUCACUAUCUUCAAGUCAUGAUUAUGAGAAAUUGAACAGAAAAACAGGUGUUCCAGAAAACCCAUAUACAAAUAGAAUGGUGCAAAAUUCAGGUGCCCCUCGAUCCCCGCGUACGAGUCAUCCGUCAGAUUCACCUUAUGAGACUAUGAAUACGACUGGAAAGUAUGGUCAACAUCUUUCCCCCAAUGGACCUUCGUCUCCAAGAACACACACUCCUACUUCACCACGCACUCCUCAGACCCCAAGCACACCAACUACACCUAGAAUGCCUCCUUCAGAACAUUUACAGACACAAAGUCCAUCUGGGCAUCGGAGCCCUGUGACUCCCAGGUCGGCACCUAGUAAUGACAGAUACAACACAGAGUAUGUAAAUACCCGUCCUUCACAUCAAACUUACCUUACAGAUGAUGACGAUGGAGGGUUCUCACAGCACAGUCCAAAAUCUCCGCAGAUGCAUUCUGGCAACAUGUACGAUACAAACUUUAAUAGAAAUAAACCUGGCAUGGAUCGGUAUGACCAUCAAAUGACAAAUGGUCAAAAUUUCGACCCUAGAGACAGAUAUGCAAAUCAGCGUACAAAUUACCAAGGACCAAUCCCUAAUCACCGAGGACCAAGCCCUAAUCACCGUGGCCCAAGCACUGGUGCAAGGCCAGAUGAUUUAUAUAGAGACAGAAAUAGUCCUUCAUGGCGAGGGCCUCACCAGAGUUCCAAUAGGGAUGCACCUAUUCCGUUACCACGUGGUUUUCAUAGGCAUCAAGGUAGUGGUAGAUCGGACACUUCAGCAUCUGAUAGUGGAUUUGGUGAAAAUGAAAAUGGUGUUGAUUCUUCCAAUUAUAGAACAGAUAGAAAUGGUGGUGUUAAUAAUGAUAUGCAUUAUUCCGCAAAAACUCCGUACUAUAAUCGCGGUUUUGAAAAAGAUUCACCGGAACAGGAACAUGCAGUUGUAGACGAUAUUAUGGCCAAACAUAAAGCAAUGGCCGCUAAACUUCUGAAGCAGCAAGGUCAAAGUGUUCCUAAUUCCAGUCAACGGCAGGAGUAUUACAGUGAUUCAAACUAUAACAAAGAGUUGCAAAAAUGGCGGCAAAACAUAAAUGACCUUGAGCGAUCAUGUGACGACCCUGAUGUAGAAUUUUCAAGGUCAAGGUUACGCAUGAAUUCUAAUGGAGAGCCAGUGGAGGAAAGCUUUAUUUAAGGUGUUCAAAAGAAUUUUUAGUUGCAUUUAGUUCAAAUAAGGCAGCCGCAGGAUAUGAAUUUGAUCUACGAAUGAUGAAAUAAGGAAGAUCGGAUUUUAAGUGCUGCACAGAAUUAGCCACUUUGGAAUCAUUUAAUUUUAUUUUAGUAGCAUUUUGUUUUUUAGGUUAAAAUGGCUAUAUUGCAGAGACAUGAAUGUAUGGAUUCAAAUUCAAGUUAAAUAGAGUUUUAUUUGUUCUUUCGGAUUUAAAUCCAUGGAUUGAUGGAACUAUGAAAUUUAAUCCUCGAAGAAUGAUAUUGAUUCCACAGUUUAUUUCUUGAGGAAAAUAUUUUUAUGCCCCCUACUCCCUUUGAAGAGGAAGGCGUUUUGCUGAAUGUGGGUCUGUCUGUCCACUGGUUAGUUGUUUGGUCUGCAGAUUUACUGGUUUCCAAUCAAUAACUAGAGAAAGCUUUGUCUCACAAUGGUCAAACUUCAUGAAUUAUUACCUGUGGUCAGUAAAUGAACCCUAUUGUUAUGGUUAUAUGGAUCAGAGGUCAAGGUUACAGUAAGUUUGAGACUGAAAAUAGUUUCGGUCCAGUUACAAAAGAUCUCUGGUCUACAGUCAUCAAACUUCAUUACAUGAUUGCCUGUAGUCAGUAGAUGACUUUUUUACAGUUUUAUAGUGACAAGGUAGCACUGACCUUGAGACUGAAAAUGGUUUCUGCUGAAUAACUGAAGAAGGCUUUGGCCUACAGUUGUCAGAUUUAAUGGGAUGACUGCCUGUGGUCAGUAAGUUAAGUCUGUUGUUUUGGGGUCAAAAGGUUUCCACUCUUACUUAAUAGAAGGCUUUCGCCUACAGUUGUCAGACUUAUAGGGUGAUUGCCUGUGGUAAGUAGAUUUGGAGCUCAGUAGAUGAAAGGUCAAGGUCAUGCUAACUGAGACUUAAACAGUUUCUGUUUAAUACCAAAAGAACACCCAUAAUUGUUGAACUUCAUAGAAUUAUGGCCUGUGGUCAGUGGAUGAUCCUUUUGUUUUGACUCGAGAACUUAAAAAAUGCUUUUGUCUAUAAUCUACAAAUUUCAUAGGAUGAUUACCUGUGGUCAGUAAAUGGCCUGUAUAAUGCUGAGGGUUAGUAGGACAAAGGGCAAGGUCAUAAUGAUCUUGAGGCUGAAAAUGGGACAGGCCAUUGUGCGGGUAUAAUUGUUUUACAAACAGCUCUUGUAAAAGGGUCUUGUUCAUACAUGUCUCAGACAGUCAGGUAUUUAAUGAUACAUGUAAUAGAGUGAUGCAAACAUUGCAUGUUGAAUUGUUAAGAAAAACAAAAUUAGAUUUACACAGAAUUUUCUUAUAAUAGUUUAAAUUAUAACCUUACCAUCACAAGAUGUGUGGCAAAUAAUAGGAACAGUUAAUAUCUAUUUCACAUAUUGUAAAUCUGAAAAAUGACAAAAAAAGGGGACCAUUGCUUGGCAUACCAGAAAUAUAACCCAAUCUGUUUUUCAUAGGUUUAAGACAUACGAAAUAUAAAUCACACAAAAGUUGAAUGAUACAUUUUAAAACUGUGUUGUUUAGCUAUAAGGCAUAAAAUCUUGUGUAAUUAUUUACUUAAAAGUUAUCUAUUUUUCAAAACAAUUAUUUAAAAAAAUAUAUCUUUAAGGAUAUCAUGCAAAAACAUUGAUUUGCUUAAUUAAUGCUGCUUAUUAUUUUGAAGGAUAUUGUGAAAAAUGCAGAUUUGCAUAAUUUAUGCUAAGCACUGGAAGAGACUAGACAGUGGUUUGAUCACUCUACUUACUUGAUCUAUCUCUUAUGACUUACAAUGUAAUUUAGUUGAUUACAGUCAAACUUCGUUAACUGGAACUCGGAUAAUUCGUACACUACCCUUCUUUUGAACUUGUCAUCUGGUCACGGAAAAAACCCUGUAUAAUGAAUUUUGUUGGAUAUCUCAAACAACCGAUCACUGGAACAAAUUUUGCCAGUCCUGUCGAGUUUGAGUUAACAAAGUUGGACUGUAUAUGCAUAGAGACUAGUUCAGUAUUCUAUAACUUACAUAUCUUGACUUGUAAUCUAAGCUGAAGGAACAACAUAUUUUCCUGUUAUAUUCAAUACACUAAUGAAACACUGUAGAAACGAAUGUGUAUUCAUAUUUUUUGACUCUAGACCAAAGUAGAAUUUUUUUUAACAUUUUUUUUUUCAGUUUUAUAUACUAGUAUAUUUUGUUUUUAUUUUCUAUUUUAGUCAAUAAAACUAGUGCUUAAUGUCCAUACACACACAAAAUUGUUUUUUUUAUGUAUUUUAUGUUUCAUUCCAUUAUUUGUACAUAUCAAAAUUAUAUGUGUUAUAAAUGUGACGAAAUUAUUGGUUAGGGAGGAGUGUAUGCAUGUAAAUGGUAUAAAAAAUGAAGUUAGAAAAUACGCUUUUCAUUACUCCCGUAUUGUGAUUAUAAAUAAAAAAAAUAGGUUUUAAAAAUCAUUUAAUUUCAUGGAAAUACAAUUUUGUGGUUUUGGCAAAUAUGACUUAUUAGCAAAGACAUGCAUUGGUUACUUUCGAUUUCACACUUCGUAAGUAGGAGUUUUAUUUGAUCAUAGAGAUUUAGCUUUUCGAAUGGUUGCAACCAGGAAGUAAAAAAAUUAACAGCUCAUGAAUAUACUGAUUUUAAGGUUUAUAAUUUAAAAUUCUGGGAAAAAUAAAAGACUUCCUGCAGUCUGGUCAGGAUCCAUGCUGUUCGCUAAUGGUUUCUCUAAUUGCAUUAGGCUUUGAAAGCGAACAGCAUGGAUCCUGACCAGACUGCGCGGAUGCGCAGGCUGGUCUGGAUCCAUGCUGGUCGCAAAGCCACUAUGUUGGUUUUCUCAUGGCGCACCUCAUUUAUUGAUCUGUCUCUGAAUGCAGCCUUGCCAUUUAUUCAUUUCAUUAUUGUAUGCUGACAGAACCUUUCUGUGGAGUCCAGUUGAGCUUUUAUAGUUUAUUUAAAAUGGAAGUCAUGAUUUGCUGAUAUGGGUAUCUUAUAAAGAAUUUUAGUUGUUCUAGAUUUUGGAGUAUAGUGCAAGAAACAGAAGCAAAUUCAGGUUCGUUUAAGUGCCACCUGUAAAAUAGCCUACACAGGACCUCAAUUUAAUCAUGUCCGAAAGGUUGUUGGUAAUUUUUUUGUGUGAGCAUUAGGGGAUGGAACUUGUGACACAUGGGUCUGUGGUCUGAUGUCCAGUCAUAAGAUCACAGCGUUCAUUCUUUUGUCUGGGAAGGUAAUAUUGCCUUUUGUUCAUUCCAUUAUUGUAUCCAGAAAAAAACCUACAUCCAAUCAGAUGUUAGCCCCGGCUAGUAAAACUGAGUUUUUGAAACCGGUCUCAAAUCUCCAGCAUAUGAUUGGCUGCUUCAGAUCACAAUUUUCAAAUUGACCAAUGACAGAGUUGCAAUCCAAGACUGGUCUCCUAACUCUAGCUUUUCAGCCUUAAGCCUUGCCAUGUAAAACAAAGUAAAAGCAAAAUUUUCAGUCUAAAUCUUUAAAUAUGUGAACUGAGAUAUUAAUACAUAAUUUUUCUGUACAUAAUUGAUGUGCCAUAUGAGUUUAUAUUAUAUGAAUGAAAGUCUGUAAUAUUUAAUUUAUCCUUUCUUUUAUUACAGUUUUUAGGACAUUUAUAUCCUCUUACUGUUUUGUUAUGCUUUUUCUUGUCCUGUUUUUAGCUCACCUGUCACAUAGUGACAAGGUGAGCUUUUGUGAUCGCGCAGCGUCCGUCGUCCAUCGUUCGUCUGUGCAUGCGUAAACUUUUGCUUGUGACCACUCUAGAGGUCACAUUUUUCGUGGGAUCUUUAUGAAAGUUGGUGAGAAUGUUCAUCUUGAUGAUAUCUAGGUCAAGUACAAAACUGGGUCACGUGCCUUCAAAAACUAGGUCAUUAUGUCAAAUAAUAGAAAAACCUUGUGACCUCUCUAGAGACCAUAUUUUUCAAUGGAUCUUCAUGAAAAUUGGUCAGAAUUUUUAUCUUGAUGAUAUCUAGGUAAAGUUCAGAACUAGGUCACAUGAGCUCAAAAACUAGGUCACUAUGUCAAAUAAUAGAAAAAAAACAAUGUCAUACUCAGUUCAUGUGAGGACAGGUGAGCGAUUCAGGACCAUCAUGGUCCUCUUGUUUCUUUUUUCCUUCCUCUGUGUUAUAAGCGUCUUCUUUUCAUAUUUGACUAAGUGCAAUUGCCUGUGUCUUGUAGAUGCAUUAUGUUCAGAAUUGUUUUAUACAAUGUGUUAUAAGAUGAUAGGGUAGGUACACGAUACAUCUUUAAACAUUUGGUGAAAUAUAAGUGUGAUUCAACAUGUUCAAUUUGCUUAAGGGAGAUUUGGUGCAAAAGAAUUAUAGUUGGAGAAAUUGUGUACUGUAAUUGCUUCAGAAUACACAAGCCAACCAGCUAUCAAUGGUGGAUGGUGAUGCUAUAUUUAUUGUUUCUUUUUUUUCUGUCAUUACAUAACUUUCUUCAAUGGAAAGAGUCCUAGAGUUUUAUGCGUGAACUUCCCCACAUGUUUUGUUAAUGUACAUAUGUAUAUACAUUAUGUAACCAUUGUAUAUUAUCAUCAUUCCUAAAUCUGUGAUUAUUUUGUUAAUACAUCAUAUUAUAUACAUGUAUAUAACUAUCAUUUUGGUUGUGACAUAUACAUAUCAUAUAUGUAUUGUAGAUAGUUUAAAUAUAUAUUUUUGUAUUUUAAAAAUCAUAUUUUGGUUCCAUGAACUGCUUAAAUUGAUAUUAUAAUCUUUAAAAAGAGUGAAGAAUAAUCAAUGCAGAUAAAUUACAAUUAAAAUGGAAUGAGAGUGGCCAGUCAUUUUCUGAUUAUUUCAUAUGUCAUACAUUGGUCUCAUGUUUUAACUUUCUGUACAGUAAAAUUCUGACAUUUAAAAACUUGAUUUUGAAGGGGCAUGCAUUCCGUUCGAAUUUGUGUCUAAGUUUUUGAAACUUAAAAAGUACUCUCAUCUGUUAGUAAUAAUGGUCUGAUGAAUUCUGUGUAGUAUAUUUGUAAAAGCACAUGGAAUCUGUUAAAUAGUAGUUGAAUAGGUAGGAAGAAUACAUAUGAGCCGCGCCAUGAGAAAACCAACAUAGUGGCUUUGUGACCAGCAUGGAUCCAGACCAGCCUGCGCAGUCUGGUCAGGAUACAUGCUGUUCACUAACAGUUUCUCCAAUUGCAGUAGGCUUUAAAAGCGAACAGCAUGGAUCCUGACCAGACUGCGCGGAUGCGCAGGCUGGUCUGGAUCCAUGCUGGUCGCAAACCCACUAUGUUGGUUUUCCCAUGGCACGGCUCAUAUAAUAGUGUUAGUUACACAAUAAAAGUUUCUACGUAAAAUAGGAAGAUUUUAGUUGUAAAUUAAUACUGUUCAAGCGAUUAAUAAAAAAACCUGUUUAUUUGUGUUUUAUCAUACUUGAUAGAAGUUUUUUCCUUUGUUUUUUUUUAAAUUGAUUUUUUGAGGUACAAAAGGAGGUAUGCCCCUUUAAUAUUAAUGUUUAUGUACCGUUCAGUUAAGAAACAAAAGUUUGAUUAUCAAAUUAACAUGGUAAUAUUGAACCUACUGUUUGAACCUACUGUCAGUAACAAGGUAUUUUCCUGAUUUCUUUUAAAACACAUCAUUUUUAAAGAAACCCAGAGAGUGGUAAUAGCUGAAACUUUUUAAAAAUAUCUUGGUUAAUAGUUGUGAAUUUAUCAUAGAAAAAAAAGAAGAUUUUAAUGAUGCAGGCAGUGUAUCUAAAAUACAAACUUAAGGUACAAACAAUUUAUUUUAGAUAUAUGUGUAGUUAACUGCAUCAAUGUAUGUAGACUGAAAAAAAUAUUACAAUAUCAUUUUCUGUUAAAAAGUUGUUUGAGCUGAAAAAAAUGAUCACAGGUAAAACAUUUGGAAAAAAAGGAGAUAACUCCGCUAAGACUUUAUGAUUGGCAUAUGUGGCUAUUGAUCUAAAACCUCAUGAAAAUUGUGCACUUUUUACCUCUGUGCAGGGAAAAAGCAUGCGUAAUUGCCACACAGAUUAGCAAUCUGAAUAGAAAACUAUGUAAAGAUCAUAUAAAUUAAUGCCCUGGGGAAAGUGUGACAUUUUCUAUGGUGAAAUUUGUCAGCAAACAGACGAUUUUUUAUGCCCCCGGCAUCUAGUGAUUGUCCUGUCCAUCCGUCUGUUUGUUCGUCCGUCCGUAUGAGGUUAACCAAAUGGAACCGUUUCGUCUAGCAUCAAUACCGCUUACAAGAAUGAAUUGAUACUAAUACAGAUGUAACCUGUGACCAUUCCUAAUCUUCAAACAUCACCUGACCUCAGUUUGACCUUGACCUUGUUUUGGACUUAGGUUGCUUUGUAUCGACAAGGAUGCCACCAGGGGCAUCAAGCGUUUAUUGAACGCAGCUCCUUGUUUUAAAAAGUCAAACCCCACAGAAUUUCACAAGGUAAAAUAUCUUAAAAAGGCUACUGCUGGAAAGAGAACAAUCUCUACUACCCAUAUAUAUGCAUCAAAGUAUGGGAAAAAAAUAUAUAGAAAUAUGAGAAAAUCUAAGAAAUCAAUUUCUGGACUGUUCGAUGCAGGACUGUCUUAUCACAGAUAGCAUUUUAACGUAGAUAUGUUACUUUUUCUAUGCACUGAUAUAACAUGGACAGGAUUAGGAUUAACAAACGGUGUUCACUCAACAAUUUCACUAUAUAAACAGAUUGUUUAUCCCUUGUGUAAAGAUGGCGUAGGGUAAGUCUCUAAAUGAUGUAUUUUUCAUUGUAAAUUUCAGCCAUUUUGGAAAUUCAGAAAGUUUUAAAAUUUCAGUGUUAACGUUUUUUUUGUCUUCCAGGAUAUCUUGGCAUAAAAGCAGCAUUUUUUGUUAGCCCGAAGAAUAGGGGAGCUAUACUACUCGCCCCGGCGUCGGCGUUAGUGUUAGCGUGAGCGUCACACAAAUGUUAAAGUUUGCAUACCACCCCAAAUAUUUUCAAAGUCCAUUGAGAUAUUGCUUUGAUAUUUUGCUUUCUUGUUUACCAUCAUGACCCCAAUCUGUAAAAAGGAGGAGGCAACUCUAUGAAGCAUUUUGACUGAAUUAUGGCCCCUUUUCAACUUAGAAUAUGCUUAUUGUAAUGUUAAAGUUUUACUCAUAGCUUAUAUUAUUAUACUAUCAAGCACUGAGAAUAGUCAAGAGCACUGUCAACUGACAGCUCUUGUUUGAUUAUUUUUUGUCAUGGAUUGUAACAGAAAAAAUUAUUUAGCCAUCCUUGCAUUUCUUUAGAAUGAUAUACAAUGUAUAAUGCAUAUAGUAUUGCCUUAUAUUUAAAGAGUAAUAGUGGAAACACUGUGUUACAGAAAGGGGAAAUCAAACAGUAGAUUUGAUGUCAGUUCAUGUAGUUACAUGAUUUUCACAGAAAACAUGGUAUUUGUAGUAACAUAACUUUCACAGAAAGCAUGAUAUUGGAAUAAUCAGUUUGUUCAGGAAAGGAUUUAAUAAAUCAAUAAUAUAUCUACCAGAAA